GUGGCCCCUGGGCUCUGGCCCUGGUGGGCGGAGGCAAAGGGGGAGCCAGGGGCGGAGAAAGGGUUUGCCCAAGUCUGGGAGUGAGAGAAAGAGGCAGGGGUGCUGAGAAGGCGGCUGCUGAGCAGAGCCGGUGGUGGCGAGGGCCUCCCCUGCCGCUGUGCCAGGCAGGCAGUGCCAAAUCCAGGGAGCCCGGAGCUGGGGGGAGGGCCGGGGACAGCCCGGCCCUGCCCCCUCCCCUGCUGGGAGCCCAACAACUUCUGAGGAAAGUUUGGCACCCAUGGCGUGGCGGUGCCCCAGGAUGGGCAGGGUCCCGCUGGCCUGGUGCUUGGCGCUGUGUGGCUGGGUGUGCAUGGCCCCCAGGGGCACACAGGCUGAAGAAAGUCCUUUCGUGGGUAACCCAGGGAACAUCACAGGUGCCCGGGGACUCACAGGCACCCUUCGGUGUCAGCUCCAGGUUCAGGGAGAGCCCCCCGAGGUACACUGGCUUCGGGACGGACGGAUCCUGGAGCUCGCGGACAGCACCCAGACCCAGGUGCCCCUGGGUGAAGACGAGCAGGAUGACUGGAUAGUGGUCAGCCAGCUCAGAAUCGCCUCCCUACAGCUUUCCGACGCGGGACAGUACCGGUGUUUGGUGUUUCUGGGACAUCGAAACUUCGUGUCCCAGCCUGGCUACGUAGGGCUAGAGGGCUUGCCUUACUUCCUGGAGGAGCCUGAGGAUAGGACUGUGGCCGCCAACACUCCCUUCAACCUGAGCUGCCAAGCCCAGGGACCCCCAGAGCCCGUGGACCUACUCUGGCUCCUGGAUGCUGUCCCCCUGGCCAUAGCUCCAGGUCACGGUCCCCAGCGCAACCUGCAUGUUCCAGGGCUGAACAAGACAUCCUCUUUCUCCUGCGAAGCCCAUAACGCCAAGGGGGUCACCACGUCCCGCACGGCCACCAUCAGAGUGCUCCCCCAGCAGCCCCGUAACCUCCAUCUGGUCUCCCGCCAACCCACGGAGCUGGAGGUGGCUUGGACUCCAGGCCUGAGUGGCAUCUACCCCCUGACCCACUGCACCCUGCAGGCUGUGCUGUCAGACGAUGGGGUGGGCAUCCAGGCAGAACCAGACCCCCCAGAGGAGCCCCUCACCUUGCAAGCAUCUGUGCCCCCCCACCAGCUUCGGCUGGGCAGCCUCCAUCCUCACACCCCUUAUCACAUCCGUGUGGCAUGCACCAGCAGCCAGGGCCCCUCAUCCUGGACACACUGGCUUCCUGUGGCGACGCCAGAGGGAGUGCCCCUGGGCCCCCCUGAGAACAUUAGUGCCACGCGGAAUGGGAGCCAGGCCUUCGUGCAUUGGCAGGAACCCCGGGCGCCCCUGCAGGGUACCCUGUUAGGGUACCGGCUGGCGUAUCAAGGCCAGGACACCCCAGAGGUGCUAAUGGACAUAGGGCUAAGGCAAGAGGUGACCCUGGAGCUGCAGGGGGACGGGUCUGUGUCCAAUCUGACAGUGUGUGUGGCAGCCUACACUGCUGCUGGGGAUGGACCCUGGAGCCUCCCAGUACCCCUGGAGGCCUGGCGCCCAGGGCAAGCACAGCCAGUCCACCAGCUGGUGAAGGAACCUUCAGCUCCUGCCUUCUCGUGGCCCUGGUGGUAUGUACUGCUAGGAGCAGUCGUGGCCGCUGCCUGUGUCCUCAUCUUGGCUCUCUUCCUUGUCCACCGGCGAAAGAAGGAGACCCGUUAUGGAGAAGUGUUCGAGCCAACAGUGGAAAGAGGUGAACUGGUAGUCAGGUACCGCGUGCGCAAGUCCUACAGUCGCCGGACCACUGAAGCUACCUUGAACAGCCUGGGCAUCAGUGAAGAGCUGAAGGAGAAGCUGCGGGAUGUGAUGGUGGACCGGCACAAGGUGGCCCUGGGGAAGACUCUGGGAGAAGGAGAGUUUGGAGCCGUGAUGGAAGGCCAGCUCAACCAGGACGACUCCAUCCUCAAGGUGGCUGUGAAGACGAUGAAGAUUGCCAUCUGCACAAGGUCAGAGCUGGAGGAUUUCCUGAGUGAAGCAGUCUGCAUGAAGGAAUUUGACCAUCCCAACGUCAUGAGGCUCAUCGGUGUCUGUUUCCAGGGUUCUGAACGAGAGAGCUUUCCAGCACCUGUGGUCAUCUUACCUUUCAUGAAGCAUGGAGACCUACACAGCUUCCUCCUCUAUUCCCGGCUUGGGGACCAGCCAGUGUACCUGCCCACUCAGAUGCUAGUGAAGUUCAUGGCGGACAUCGCCAGUGGCAUGGAAUAUCUGAGUACCAAGAGAUUCAUACACCGGGACCUGGCGGCCAGGAACUGCAUGCUGAAUGAGAACAUGUCUGUGUGUGUGGCGGACUUUGGGCUCUCCAAGAAGAUCUACAAUGGGGACUACUACCGCCAGGGACGUAUCGCCAAGAUGCCAGUCAAGUGGAUUGCCAUUGAGAGUCUAGCUGACCGUGUCUACACGAGCAAGAGUGAUGUGUGGUCCUUCGGGGUGACAAUGUGGGAGAUUGCCACAAGAGGCCAAACCCCAUAUCCAGGCGUGGAGAACAGCGAGAUUUAUGACUAUCUGCGCCAGGGAAAUCGCCUGAAGCAGCCUGCGGACUGUCUGGAUGGACUGUAUGCCUUGAUGUCGCGGUGCUGGGAGCUAAAUCCCCAGGACCGGCCAAGUUUUACAGAGCUGCGGGAAGAUUUGGAGAACACACUGAAGGCCUUGCCUCCUGCCCAGGAGCCUGACGAAAUCCUCUAUGUCAACAUGGAUGAGGGUGGAGGUUAUCCUGAACCCCCUGGAGCUGCUGGAGGAGCUGACCCCCCAACCCAGCCAGACCCUAAGGAUUCCUGUAGCUGCCUCACUUCGGCUGAGGUCCAUCCUGCGGGACGCUAUGUCCUCUGCCCUUCCACAACCCCUAGCCCUGCUCAGCCUGCUGAUAGGGGCUCCCCAGCAGCCCCAGGGCAGGAGGAUGGCGCCUGAGACAACCCUCCACCUGGGACUCCCUCUCAGGAUCCAAGCUAGGCACUGCCACUGGGGGAAACUCCACCUCCCCACUUCCCCACCCCAGGCCUUAUCCCCACCUGAAGCCCUAUCUUCCUACCUAUCCCACCUCCAUCCCAUACAGGUCCCUCCCCUUCUCUGUACAGUAGCAUCACCUUGAAAGCAGUAGCAUCACCAUCUGUAAAAGGAAGGGGCUGGAUUGCAAUAUGUGAAGUCCUCCCAGGUAUUAACAUUCCAAGACUCUAGAGUCUAAGGUUCUAGGUUUCAAAGAUGCUAUGAGUCUUUGGUUCUAAGGACCUGAAAUUCCAAAGUCUCUAAUUUCAUUAAAAUGCUAAGGUUUUAAGGCCUA